AUGAAGUCAAUUGUGGUGGGUCGAUUGGUGUUGGUGCCAUCCUCCGUCUUUCAGUUGAGGGCCGCAGUUGUUGCUGCAAACCCUACCUCAUACCUCAGAGCAGCGGUGGCCCUAGGUCGUCGGGCAGCUGUGGUGGCUAGACUUCUUCUCGGCAGGUUCAACCAUGCCACAAAGAAUCUAAGACGUCUCCCAGAAGCGAUGGGCAUCGUCCUGGUCCGGGCGAUGUGGCAAAAAUGCGAGGGUUGCCGGCUAGAGGACGGAGCCGGUCAAACACUCGAUGUCAGUGCAGGAAUCGUAAAAAUGAAGUCGAACAAAGCAAGUGGUCCUGAAGACAUACCUACUGAUGUCUUGAAGCUUCUAGGAGAUCUAGGGCCUAAACGACUGCUGUGUCAUACGAUGAAGGUUUUUGAGCGUGUCCUGGAAGCUCCUCUGGGGAAGAUUGUCAGCGUUUCACUCAACCAGUGCAGCACUAUAGAUGCUAUCUAUGCUGUCCGUAUCCUCUUGGAGAAUCAUCGAGAGAUGAACCGCGGUGUGCAUCUUGCUUUUCCCGAUCUCGAGAAAGCUUUCGACCGUGUCCAACAUGAGCUGUUAUGUCCAUGA